UUACUACAAAUCUAUUAUAAAUAUAAAGAUGUAUAGAGCACCAAGGAACAUUUCCUAUUAUCUCCGUGUUCAUUGUAAAACAGAAAAUUUUGUAUCAACAACUUGUCUUAAGAAACUAACCAUGACAUUUAAAUUAGUUUUCUUUGUUGCCGUGUACUUGGUACACGAAAUAUCUGGUCACGGUUACAUGUUAAAUCCUCCAGGAAGAAGUUCAAUGUGGAGAUUCCAUCCAGAGGCAACACCAAAUUAUCAAGACAACCAAAUUUUCUGUGGGGGAGCAUAUGUUCAAAAUGAAUUAAAUGGUGAACUUUGUGGUGUUUGUGGUGAUCCUUAUACAGAUCCCCAUCCUCAAGAAAACGAAAACACUGGAAAGUACGGCCAAGGAAUUAUCGCCGCAACUUAUGAUGCAGGUUCGGUGAUUGAUGUUGAAAUUCAUCUAACUGCAAAUCAUCUUGGCAAUUUUACAUAUAGUCUUUGUCAACUUGAAGAUCCCAAUGCUCCCGAACCAGGUGAAUAUUGUUUCGAAGACUUGUUACUGGAGGAUGGUUCAGCAAAUUACAAUGUAGUCGAUGAAGAUGAAGUAGUUUAUAAUAGAGUUAGAUUGCCGGGUUUCCAAUGUCCAAGAUGUGUUCUCAGGUGGACUUACAAAGCAGGAAAUAAUUUUGGACAAUGUGAAGAUGGACAAUGGAGAAGAGCAUGCGGCCCCCAAGAACAUUUCAGAGCUUGCGCUGACAUUUCUAUAGUAUAAAAAUAAACGACAAAACUUUUUGUUUUGUCGAUUUGGUAAAAGUAAAUCUUAUACAUAAUAAACUUUACACCAACAGUAUUAUGUUUAAAAAAUCAUUGAACUUAUAUUUGUUUAGAUGGAAAUAAAUAUUGUUAAAAGAU